UGACUGACACAGACUCCCACUGCGAAAGACCAGUAAAAACUUGAUCUCAGCUUCCAUAUAAAGCCGUCGAUAUGUUGCCGUAAACUCUGAAUCGUCGAUAUAGGCUAUUCGUCCACGUUGUUGGUCAGCCAUUGAACUCGGGUUAAUUGAAGCGUGGGGAUGUGACCAACCCUGUACUUGAACGACAGUGCAGUAACUUUGGCCUGACUUAAAUGAUGUUUUCAAAUGGUUCUAACUUUAGAAACUGUGUAAAAGUUUCAGAUUAGCUAUAACGUCGAUUGGUGUAAGUCAUCGACUAUUUUACAACAGCUGUCAGGAGUCAGCGCCAUCGUUUAAUGCGAAGAGAUGGAGUUCUUCAACAGAGUCAGUGAACUGGACGCUGUUUUAAACUGGUCACGUCUACAGCUGGACAAUCUGAAUUUGGAUAAUGUCGAAGAUUCACGAAAGAAAGAUAUACGACAACUCUGUUUAACAUUCAACCGCCUGACGAUUCUUCCCGACUCGAUAAGUUUGCUCUACAACCUCGAAGUCGUGGACAUCAGCAACAAUGCGCUCGCAUUUAUAUGCGAGGACAUUACAAAGUUAAUGAAACUCAGAACUUUCAUUGCAAGGAAUAAUCAGUUAGACGAAUCGUCAUUUCCUAAGGAGUUUGGGUCGUUGCAAAUUGAGACCCUGAACCUUAGUGGGAACAGGAUGAAAGAAAUUCCAGCACAGUUUUUAGAACUGAAACGAAUACAGUCUUUGUCAGUAGGAGGAAACAGGCUGAAAAACAUUCCUACAGAGAUCGAAAACUUGAUCAGUCUUGAGACUCUAUAUCUGGGGGGAAACCUCAUCUCCACCAUUCCUCCAGAGCUGGCUAACCUGCCCCGCCUCAAGUAUCUUGCGUUGUGUGACAACCGCAUUCAAAGCAUUCCACCCCAGCUCAGCAGGCUGAAUUCCCUGAUAUCUCUGAGUCUCCACAACAACCUGCUGACAUUCCUUCCGCGUGAGAUCCUCAACCUGGUGCACCUUCAGGAGCUGAGUCUCCGUGGAAACCCCUUAGUGGUGCGUUUCAUCAAGGACAUGACUUACGACCCGCCCUCGCUGCUGGAACUCGCCGGGCGCACCGUCAAGUCACGAAACAUCCCUUACCGCCACAGCGACCUGCCCGAUCACCUACACCAUUACCUGAAUCUGGCAAGCAAGUGCCCCAACCCAAAAUGUGCAGGAGUCUACUUUGAUUCUUGUGUGCGGCACAUCAAGUUUGUGGACUUCUGUGGAAAGUACCGGCUCCCGCUUAUGCACUAUCUGUGCUCCCCAGAAUGCACCUCUCCUUGUAGUUCAAGCUCCCAAAGUGAUACUGAGUCAGAGGAAGAGAACAAUGUUCCUGUUGACAGGUUGCAGAAGGUGCUACUGGGAUAAAUGAAUUUUUGAACGUUCCAGUCACGACGUGAAACGUCCUACAUUUUCAAAUCCAGUGGUGAUGACUAGACGAACUCUUUAGAAGCCGUCAGGUCGAGGACCCAGACUGUGAACUCUUCAAACACUGUGAACUACUUAAACCAUCUUCUGUUAAAACUGUUAUCAGUGGCCUUGAACUGUGAACAUAUACAGGUUAAUGUCAUAUGUCAUCAUGAGUCAGUCAAUGUUUUGUGUUAUUUUAGGCAACUGACUGGUCUUACCGAGAGAAAAAAAAGGUUUGUUGUGUAUCCAGAAAUGCUGUGAAGAGGGUUUUUUUGUGAAUAGUUAAAAUGAGUUACCCUGUCAUUUCUUUUAUGUAUCGACUCCUUCUGCUGCUGUAUUGACUGCUACCUGAACAUCACUGUGCAAGAGUCCCAUAUCUUCUUAACUGGGCAAACAAGUGAAUGUCUCCUGGCUUACAACUCCUGUUUUCAACAAAGUGCAGAACAUUAUCUUACGUUGUUUCACUCUGGGAAAGACAACCCCAGAUAAUGAACGAAGUUAGUAUCUCAUGUAUAGGCACAUGAUAGAACAGAGUUUUGCUGCAAAAUCUUGUUAUCGGCAACAGUUUCCCAUUGGCUUUGUCAUUAGCUGUUUUUAGUACUACUUUACUGCGUUUUAGUGCGACUUCGUGUCAUGUUAUGUUUACUAGACUAUAAGAGACUGUGCAAGAAAGGAAGGAAAAAAUGAAUGCGGUGGAAUGAAGACAAUGUACUAAAAGAACAUCACAUGAGUUUUUUUUAUUAAGGCAGCUAAAAUGUUCAAUAAUUUGUUGAUUUUAGUAAAUUACUCAGACUAGAUGUGAAUGUUUAGAUAACUAGUCACUACGACAGACUCUAGUAAUUCUGAUUAUAUUUUUUAAUAGAUUAUGGUUAUUGUAAGCAUGCCUUUUGGUGUAAUAACUUGGAUUAAAUUGAAAGAAAGAAAGAAAGAAAGAAAGAAAGAAAGAAAGAACAGUUCAGACUGGUACUGACACAUAAAUAAUCUCUGCAUUGUAAAUGUUUAAGUAAUAUUGCCAUUUUGGCAGUUAACCAAUAAAUCAUAAAAAUUCGUAACUGA